AUGGCAGAACAGCUACCACUCUUGAUUUUCCAGACCAUCGUGGGAUGCCUAGGCAUCUGUGGCAACUGUUUAGUGUGUGUUGUGAUCAUCAAAGUCCAUUUCAUGCACACUAUCACCAACGCUUUCAUCUUCAACCAAGCCCUGAUUGAUUUCCUUGGAUCCCUUGUGCUUUUUCUAAGCAGUGUGAUACCCAUCCCGGACCUACUCCCUCCUGGGGCUGGAGGAGUAAUUCUCUGUAGACUAUGGGUGUCAGGUUUCUUCUUAUGGGGUCUGUUCUGUGCAUCAACCUAUAAUCUUUUAGCCCUUACCCUUGAGAGGUACCUAGCCAUUGUGUUCCCCUUCAAAUACCAAAGAUUUGCAACUCUUACGAAUGUCAUUCUGACUGUAAUGUGUGUUUGGAUCUGUGGUUUUGUGUUUAAUUUGUACGCUGUGUUUAUCAAUUACUAUGAAAAUUUGGAGUGCAAACGAAAAUCACUGAAGCAUCCAGAGAUUUUGGUUAUUUCAAUGAACUUUAUCGUUUACUUCAUACCAAUGACUGUCAUGCUGGUUGUCUACAUCCACAUUACACUCGUCUUGAAGAAAGGAGCUGCAAGACUUGGUCCUGCACCAGCAGUUCAGCCAUCUUGGAGUGGAGGUGGAGCUAUCAAUGACCAGAGAGAGUCCUUGAUGAGAGCUAGACGUAACACCUUCAAGACCCUUCUGAUUGUGUUUAUUGCCUUCACUGUUUGCUGGACACCAAAUGUUGUAAUUUAUUCACUCUUCUACCUUGGAGUGGCUGUUGACUUUUCAUCUGCUAUUUACCUCAUCACAGUUGCCAUGGUUGCUGCAAACGGUUGUCUGAAUCCAUUCAUUUAUGCCAUUAAGUACAAACAGUUUAGAAAGGCACUCAAGACAUUGUUUGGCCGACAAAACCAGAUUCCUGAGAACUCACUUGCAACACCUACCAAUCCCGGCUAG